AUGACUUCUCCAGCAACAAAUAAAUCAGCAGCCUACGAUUAUUUAAUUAAAUUACUUUUAAUCGGUGAUAGUGGUGUAGGUAAAUCAUGUCUUUUAUUACGUUUUUCUGAAGAUUCUUUCACACCAAGUUUCAUCACUACUAUUGGUAUCGAUUUCAAAAUUCGUACAAUUGAAUUGGAAGGUAAAAGAAUUAAAUUACAAAUUUGGGAUACUGCAGGUCAAGAAAGAUUCAGAACUAUCACUACAGCAUACUAUCGUGGUGCUAUGGGUAUCCUAUUGGUUUAUGAUGUCACUGAUGAAAAAUCUUUUGGUAACAUUAGAAAUUGGAUUAGAAAUAUCGAGCAACAUGCUACAGACUCUGUUAAUAAAAUGUUAAUCGGUAAUAAAUGUGAUAUGGCUGAAAAGAAAGUUGUUGAUAGCUCAAGAGGUAAAUCACUUGCAGACGAAUAUGGUAUUAAAUUUUUAGAAACCUCAGCCAAAAACAGUAUAAAUGUAGAGGAAGCCUUUAUUAGUUUAGCAAAAGAUAUUAAAAAACGUAUGAUUGAUACACCAAAUGAACAACCACAAGUUGUUCAACCAGGUACAAAUCUUGGUGCAAAUAACAAUAAGAAAAAAGCUUGUUGUUAA